CACACUCACACACACACACCCAAGUUUUGUCCAUCCUGUCCAUUAGCCCGGUCUGCAAAGGAAGCCUCUUGACAAACUGAUAAUAUGGCAACACCCUAUUUCUCCCCCCUCUGUAUCUGAUAGGAAGUGCACUCUGAGAUACGGGCUUAUCUCCCUAUCAAGCCCCAGGCAUUAUUGUAAGUUCGAGAGGAUCCGGGCUGUACCAACCGGCUGGCUUCCACAGUACCAAGUCCAGGGCUUUGGGAUGUGUGAGGGCUUGCAUGAAUCCCUGUGUGAGUGCCCCAAAACUGUGGCAACUCCCAUGGCAGGCACUCCAGGCCGCAGUGGCUUUUCCAUCCCUGUCGUCUGUCAGUGCUUCAGCCGUCUCUCUCAUAGCCACUGUAGCUUAAGGGAUGACUAAGAAGGAAGAAUGAUGUCGGUACAACGCGUUCUUAAAGGGACAUCCCUUACUCUUGUUUUCAUCGCCUUGUAUACGUCUUUUUAUCUUGGCGUCAUUUCCGACAGCAGUAGAAGAGAGACAGUAGAACCCACAAUGGCUACCACAGCAUCAGCAGUCGAAGAGAGCACUCCCUAUGGCCCUGAUCUGUACAUUGGGUUGGCACUUUCUAUAGCCUCUUCAGUGUUCAUAGGCAGCAGUUUUAUCAUCAAGAAGAAGUCACUCUUAGCCUUAGGGAAGGCUGGAGGCACAAGAGCAGGAGCUGGGGGUUAUGGCUAUCUCAGAUACUGGCUCUGGUGGGCAGGGCUGCUGUCCAUGGGAUUUGGAGAAGCGCUCAAUUUCAUAGCCUAUGCAUUCGCCCCAGCCACACUUGUAACACCUUUAGGGGCUCUGUCUGUGAUUGUGACUGCUCUCCUCUCACAGUACUUCCUCGGGGAAAUCCUCAAUAUUUUAGGAAAGGGACUAUCAAGAAAUAUCAAGAUUAGUUAUUUUGAAGCCAACCAGCAACAGUUUCCAGCAACACCAUGCAACUGGAUCCACCAGAAAUGGAUGCCAAUUAACACCAGAGUUAGUGGCAUCCAAACCAUGAGACUUGCCUGCAUUUGCCAAGGUGUUGGCAUGUUCAUGGUAUAUGUGGCUGUGGUGGUUGCAGCAUCUCUGGUCCUCAUCAUCCACUUCGGGCCUCGCUAUGGUACUCGAAAUGUUACUAUCUAUAUCGCCAUCUGCUCUCUAAUAGGAGGGUUCUCUGUCCUUGGGUGUAAAGCCAUCGGGUUGGCUGUGAAGGAAACCAUACAAGGGAAGAAUGAAUUCACCAACUGGAUUACCUGGUUUUCUCUAAUGAGUCUCAUAGUAUGUGUUUGCACACAGAUGAACUACCUAAACAAGGCUCUAGACAUCUUCAACACCUCAUUGGUGACCCCCAUCUACUACGUGUUCUUCACUGCCUGUGUCAUCCUGUCAUCAGCUAUGCUAUUCAAGGAGUGGAAAGGCCUUCCAGCCAAGGACGUCAUAGGGGUCCUUUCGGGAUUCUUUACUGUUGUCAUUGGCAUCUUCAUCUUGCAUGCCUUUAAGGACAUGGACAUCACUUGGACAGGCAUGUCAACGAUGCUCAUGGCCGGCGGAGUGAGUGAAUCGAGGCGAAAUAGCACCGAGGACACGGGAAACGAAGUGACGCCACUGUCAGAGGAGGAGGAGGGACUCAUCACCUCCGAACCCCUCUCAUAUGGCUCCAAUAAACGGGUUUACUGAAGUCUAGGACAAAGCACGUGAUUAUUCCUCUGCCACAGCUCCGAGUGAUUCAGUUAUGCUCAAUGAUAACGAUUGAAGUGCUAAAGAUCUUUUUUUUGUUAUUAUUAUUAUUAUUAUUAUUAUUAUUAUUUUUACUGCUCUCAAUCCGAGUGCUAUGAUAGGUCAUGGGUUUCUCACUUUUAUACUGUAGAGGGAGCAGAAAGUUGGUUUUAUUAAAGAUGGAGGUUACAAAUAGGGUUUUAUGUGAUUAUAGUAUUUUUGGUAACUACUUGAAGUAUACAUCUGUGAUGAUUCUUUUAUAUGAGAACCAAAUGUCUUGCUCUCUUCCUAAAAAAAUUAUGGUAGUCUCUAUAUUCUGAAUCUAUGAGCUCUAAAUAUACCUGAAUAGAAUUUUUUUCCUGUGUGUUGCCAACUAAACUAAACAAAUUUUCUAUGAGGUUUUGUAAGGUUUAAAGACCAGUUAUGUUUACAUUAUCAGAAAAGCAUAAUAUAUCAGAUAGAAUACCAUUAUAAAAAAGAAUAAAAGCUAUAUUUAAAAAUAGAUUUGUGAGGGACAUUACAGUAGCUAAGGUUUUUUAAAGUGCUGAUGAAAUUAUAUAACCUGAGUGGUAAUUUGACUCACAUUUUAUGGUAUUUAUAUCUGUAUCCUUCUUGAAGUGAAGUAUAUAUUUAUCUGUGGAAUGCAGUAGAAUUGGAUCUGUUGUUAAAAGCAUCUCUGCUCUAACGUGCUCUUGAUCCUUUUUUUUCUUUCUUUCUUUCUUUCUUUCUGUUUUUUUCUUUUUUUCUCUCUUUUCUUCUCUUUCAUUUUUUUUUCUUUUUUCUUUUUCUUUUUUUUGUUCUAUUUUUGGGAAAGAGAGAUUACUCCCUUGAAGCAUGUGUUACAGUUUUUGUGACUGUAAGUACAUCUAUAGAAUUGAGCUCCAUGUUAUAGUGGAUAUAUUUUUCUCCAAGAGAAAUGGACUGUAUAGAACAGAUGGUACACAUAAAAACACAUACUCAUAUGUGCACACAUAGUUAUACACAUAUACAGCCACAUACAUAUGUAUACACACAUAUAUAUCCACUGAAUUUAGGAUUUCUGGAUAUAAAAGAAGUUUUCUCAAACAGUAUUUAGCUAGAAGGCUUAGCACAGAUAGUGAGAAAGAAAUAUGUCUUUUUUUUUCAGUGAGUAACAAUUUUGAAGCAAUAUGAGUGCUUUUUCUUUUUCUUUUUUUCAUAUCCAUAGAUUUGACUGUCAUAAGGGAGGCAGUGCUCUCAAAAUCAAAGACAGUUUUGAUUUUCCGAAAUACGUGUUAUGAACAAGAAAAAUUAACUGUACUUGCUUGUAUGCUUUGGUUCCAUUCAGUUUCACUUCAUUCCGUGCAUAAUUUAGGACCAUCUUCAUUUCUGUUUUUGGUCUUUCUGGUGUCAUUUUUCCUUCUAGCAUUAUUUUCCUUCUUUCUUUCUGUCUUUCUUUCUUAAUUGCAUUUUCAUCGUAAGUUGCAGGACAGUUAUCUUUGCUCGGUGCAGCUAUAGGCACAGAUACUUAACAUAGACUAAUUAACAAUUUUCUCAAAAUUGAAGGUUAAUGAGGGUCACUGAAAGAACAUGGCAUACAUAUGUGUACAUGACAAUUUUUUUUUCUUUCUUUUUUUCUUUUUUUCUUUUUUUCUUUCUUUUUUGUAAUAGGGAAGAAACCAGGUUUUAAUGCUACUUACAUAUUAUUACAUGUAAAACUAGGUAGAGAAUGGCUGAAAAAUAAUUUUUUGAAUGUAGUAUUGCAUCAUUUUUUUUUCUUUUUCUUUUUUUAAUGAACAAAAUACUAUGGGAUCUAUUUUAUUCUCUUUCGCCUUCUCAUUCUCACUUAUCUUUUUUCUUCUUCCAUUUCUCAGGUUUAUUAGAUGAUUGACAUUUUUUAGGACACAGUAAAUGUUGCUCCCUUUCCUGUGCUGUGAAUUCACACCAUGAUAUUAAAUUAUUUUCCUGCUCUUUGUUCAUUUCUUGUCUUUUUCCUAUUUGUUUCCUUGUCCAUUUCCCUUUCCUCUUAGACAAUUUUGUCUUAUUUUCUUAUUCCUUGUACUUUUUUUAUAACAUUUUCUUCCCUUUUUUUUUCUUUUCUUCUUUUCAUCUUUUCUUCUGCUCUUUGUCUUUUUCCUUCUGUUUUUUCGGGUAGAUAAAGUUAUUUUAAAAAUUUGGGACAGCAGUUAAGUAACUCACCAUGACAUUGAUAAUUACCUAUUUAUUGUUUUUGUUUUGUUUUAUUCUCUUUCAUAUCUAUCUAUC